UGCGUAUAUAAUCGCGUCCUUCGUCGACGUCGGAAACCCCCAAACCCUAGCUCGUCCGCCAUUACAGAUCUGCGAAACACAACGAUAAUAAUGGGGUCGAGGAGACCGGAUUUCGGAAACGGUGCUAGCCCCGGGAAGAUUUUCAUUGGGGGUCUGGCGAAAGAGACCACUUUAGAUACUUUUGUGAACUAUUUUGGUAAGUAUGGAGAGAUAACGGACUCGGUGAUCAUGAAGGAUAGGCACACGGGUCGGCCCCGUGGUUUUGGUUUCAUUACAUAUGCUGAUCCUUCUGUUGUCGACACUGUGAUUUCUGAGAACCAUGUUAUCGAUGGCAAAGCAGUUGAGAUUAAAAGAACUGUUCCUAAAGGAUCCGGCGAUUCCAAGGGUUUUAAGACAAAAAAGAUAUUUGUUGGUGGAAUUCCAACGACUGUCACUGAAGAUGAGUUGAAAAGUUUCUUUUCCAAGUAUGGGAAAGUGGUCGAGCAUGAGAUAAUUCGAGAUCAUGCAACCAAGAGGUCCCGUGGCUUUGGAUUUAUUGUGUUUGAAACCGAACAAGUUGUUGAUAGUCUCCUAGCUGAGGGGAAUAUGAUUGAUAUGAUGGGUACCCAGGUUGAGGUCAAGAAGGCCGAACCAAAGAAACCCUCAAACCCAACACCUGCUCCUGUAUAUGGUAGUUAUUCUAGGGGACGUGUCCAUGGUGAUAGUAAUGGUGGUUUUGACAACUCCUAUAGCAAUUUCAGCAGUGGUGGUUUCGGCGCUGCCCCUUAUAGGUCUAUGGGGUCAGGUCAUGGUGAUAGGUUCAAGGACUAUGGCGGAUACAGCAAUCGAAGUGAAUUUGGUGGUAGGUAUGGUAAUUAUCCUCCCAGUAUGGAAUUCGGUCCUCGAGGAGAUGGGCCAGUUGGCUACUCCAGUCGGUUUGGUUCUUAUGGUGGAGGUCUUGAUCCUGGCUAUGGUGGUGGGCUAGGAUCCUAUGGUCGUGGUGGUGGUGGUGGUUAUGGGAGUUAUGGGGGUUAUGGUGGAGCUGGAUUGGGUGCCGGUUAUGAUUCUGGCCCUGGUAGUGGUUAUGAUCUGGGCCCUGGUGCUGGUUAUGGUGGACCGGGAAGGGGGUUGUAUGGAGAUAGGCCAGGUUAUAGUAGCAGUCGAUACCAUCCUUAUGCCAGGUAGAUGUCCCCGAAAAUGAGGUAGGAGAUUUAUCAUGCCCCUUUGCGGUUUCUUGUUUCUCAUGGUUGACUAGGUUUCGAAGCUCCUUGGGCAGACUUUUUAAAAGUGCUAAAGAAACCUAGUUUCUUAAGUGGUAUUUGUUGACUUUAUGCUCUAUAUAUUUCGUCUUGGUCAAUGAGAGAUCUUUAUUUAGAUAUACCUGGUGUUGUACUGAGCUAGAUCUAUAUAAUCCUGUACGAAUUGUAACUUGGUUAUAUGUUUUGGUGUAGAAUGGCCUUUUGAUUUAUAGUA